ACGAAUACCACUCGAAAUUGCCAAGUGCCCGCUCAAAACGGCGGGUUUGGGUAACAAUCUCCUGACGGUGAACUGUGAGAAAGAAACCAGACCUUUUUUUGUGCCAUCUGGACCAAGCCAUUGAGGGCAUUGAAAGGAGCCAAUUGAGCCAGAUCUGUCCACCUGAGCACAAAAUUCCAAUAUAAUAAGAGGUUGCAGAGUACAAAACAGCAACUUUUCGACUUUUUCACUCCUCCUCCUUCGCUUCUCUUCACCUCUUUCCAUUUGUAAAAAAGUUCUUCCGUUUUACAUUUGAAACUACAAUGAAGGCGAUAUACGCUUCUCUGCUUUUCCUUGCAGUGACUGCUGCACAGUCUAGCAACAACGAGGAUGCUGCUUCAGCAGCCGCCGUGGCGUCCGCUCAGACCAGCGCCUCUCCUGAAUCAGCCGCCCCGACCAGUGCGACGACCCCUGAGUCAGCCGCUCAGCCCGAGUCAGCCGCUCAGCCCGAGUCAGCCGCUCAGCCCGAAUCGUCCGCCCAGCCUGAGUCGUCCGCUCAACCCGAGCAACCGCCUUCCGAAUCACCCGACUUCUCGAAGCACUGCUCGAACAACGGUGAAUCACUGUGUGCCUCAGACGCCGAUAACAAGUUCUGGUCCUGCACCGACGGCAAAUGGACACUGAUGACUUGCAGCAACAACGAUGUUUGCGGACAGUCGAGUGACAACAAGGCGGUAUGCCACGACCCCAGUAAGCCGAUCGAAAAGCCGGAGCAGCCGCAGAAGCUGGAGCCUUGCGAUAAUGUCGGCGACGGCAAGUGUGCUUCUGAUGGCAAGAACAAGUACUACACAUGCACGGACAAGGGAUGGCAGCUGCUGACAUGCGAUGGAGACACCAUUUGCGGCCAGUCUUCGGAAAAUGCUGUUGUGUGCCACGACCCUAACAAGCCACUUGAGAAGCCGGAGCAACCGCAGAAGCUGGAGCCUUGCGAUCAUGUCGGCGACGGCAAGUGUGCUUCUGACGGCAAGAACAAGUACUACACAUGCACAGACAAGGGAUGGCAGCUGCUGACAUGCGACGGAGACACCAUUUGCGGCCAGUCUUCGGAAAAUGCUGUUGUGUGCCACGACCCCAACAAGCCACUUGAGAAGCCGGAGCAACCGCAGAAGCUGGAGCCUUGCGACACUGUCAACGCUACCAUGUGCGAUAGCACCAACAAGUCCAAGUUCUUCAAGUGUGUGGACAACAAGUGGAUGAACAUGGCCUGCGACAAGGGCAAUGUGUGCGCGAUCCGCAACAGCAAGGUCCAGUGCAUGGACCAGGCCACGGCCGACGCCCCUGUCGACUACUGCAAGACUGACAAGGCGACUCGUUGCGCAGCCGAUAACAAGAAGGUUUUCCAGGUGUGCACUGACGGGUACUGGCAAAACUCGACUUGCAGCGACAACAACUACUGUCUGUUUAAGAACGACAAGGCCACUUGUGUUGACAAGGCAGCAUCCGAGGCAGUCCAGGUGCCGUGCCGUACCGAGAACGCAACCCAGUGCUACGAUGGGCAGAAGAAUAUGUACCAGGUAUGCAUCGACCACUACUGGACAAACUCUACCUGCGCCAAGGACACGUACUGCCUGUUCCGCAAUGGAAAGACCACUUGCGUCGAUAAAGCCACUGCUGAAGCCCCAGUUCAGCCGUGCACCACUGCCAAUGCUACGCGCUGUGUCGACGACGACGACUCGAUCUUCCAGAUCUGCAUCAGCGACUACUGGACCAACUCGACUUGUGACUCGGGCAACGUCUGCGGGAUGAAGCAGGAUGUCCCCGACCAGCCGUGCAAGAAGGACAAGGCAACACAGUGUAUCGAUGGCAAGCCAAGCAUGUACCAGAUGUGCAUCGACAAGCUGUGGCAGAACAUGACUUGCACUUCGGGUAACGUUUGCCGCAUCAAGGACGACAAUGUUGUCUGCGUUGACAAGGAUGCAGCAACUUCGGAAACCAAUGUGUACUCGGGCGUAGACCAGUCCGCCUUCAUCCCCAGCGCUGGAUCAGCCGACGUGAUCAUGUCAGUUGCCCUGAGUGCCUUCCUGGCAAUCAGCACCAUUGCUUUUGUCGUUUAA